AUGCCACCCCAGUCCGAGCUCCAGAAGAGACGGGUGGUUUCUGUAUUUCUUUUCUCAAAAGACCAGGUUGCACUAUUUCGACGCAGCGAGAAAGUCAGGACAUAUGCGCACUAUCUCGCUCCCAUAUCUGGCAGCCUUAACUUGGGCGAAUCACCGGUUGCAGCAGCAUGGCGUGAGCUGGAAGAAGAGACAACAUUGACCUCGCGAGACGUGGAGUUAUGUCGACAAGGAGUCCCGUAUGUGUUCACUGAUAACUCAGUCAAUCGGGAAUGGACCAUAUGUCCAUUCGCAUUCCGUUUGAAGCCCCGAAACGAAGGGGGCCACGGAGAGGAAGCUAUUCGCAUCGACUGGGAACAUCAAACCUGGGAGUGGUACAAUCCGGCAACAGUUGAAGAUAGUGAGCGGUUUGGUGGUGUGCCACGGCUGAAGGACAGUCUACGACGAGUCUGGUUCGAAGGCGACAUGAACAAAGAAGCUAGCAAAGCACUUGUAGCAGGCCUAGCGCAAUUGAAGACAGAUCACCAGAGCGGAUCUCACGAGCUAACAUCCAUCGCUGUGAAGGCAUACCGAGACGUGAUAGCCCAGAUGCAAGAGGAGAUUGACACAGAAUGGUGGAAGACUGCUCGAAUGGCAGCAUGGCAUCUCUCGAAAAGUGGACGAGAAAGCAUGGGAACAGCCACACUGAACGCAUUUCUAGCUUUGAUGCCCGACAUGGAAGAAAUUGUUCACCAGAACUUGGCCCGCGAGGUGAAAUGGGAGCGCUUGCUGGGCGUAAUCGACUACCAUCUGGACAAGCGCAAAGAUAUGCCGGCGCGUAUCAAAAGCGCUUUCGCAGAGUAUCUCCGAGGCUCUCUUUCUAGCAGAAUCGAACGUGGUGGAGACAAGGAUUCUCUAGCCAUCCUCACACUGUCAGCCAGCUCUACCAUUCGCGACAGCAUCCUCAAUACCUUUGCCUCCCUUCCCAUUUCUCACUUGGACGUGCGAAUUCUGGAGUCCCGGCCACUUUGCGAAGGAGUCAACAUGGCUUCAUCCAUCCUCUCCGAAUUUCAAACCAAGUUUCCUCCUUCUUCCGGUCGUGACCUGAAACUGACGGUCUACACUGAUGCAUCGGUUGCCAUCGCCAGCCAAGGUGUGGACUUCCUCCUGCUGGGCGCCGACCGUAUUUCAGUGGAAGGCUCUGUCUGCAACAAAGUUGGAUCCUACCCAGCCGUUUUAGCUGUUAAGCGAGUCUCAUCUGCCUCGGUAUUGGUUCUCAGUGAGCUGGAAAAGGUGGAUGCGCCUGGCAGUGGAGAUGUGCAGGACUACGAGGAUAACGGCCCUAGGGAGGUGAUGGGCUGUUGGAUAGACGGCGGUAUCAAGGCAGCCCAGACCAUUGAUGAUGCGCUUCAGGCUACUCACCGAGACGAUGUCAAUUGUGCGGUUGAAGUGAAGAAUAUCUACUUCGAGUGGAUUCCCCCUUGGUGCACAGAUGCUUUUAUCUGUGAACAGGGUGUACUGAAUACUGCGGCUAUUAAGGAGAAGGCACAUCAGGUGAAGCUGGGAGCGGACAGGUAUUUUCACUCGCUGUGA